AGCCAUUUUUGGCUCAGGCAAUCGUUGUUGAAAGAGGCACACAAGAAUCACUAGUGGGGCCGAGCUCUCCAGUUUAUGUCCGCAAGCGCAUCAAGGCAUCGUCUACGUGAGUUGCAAUGGUUCGCACAGCAGGUGUUGUGCUGCUCAAUCUUUCGACGAUUUUCAGCCUCACGCUAGUUUCAUCUGGCGCGAGUCUUGGUGGACGCGCAGCAGUCUUCUGGGAUCUCGUCGCCUGUUUUUGUUGCGUACUUCCCGUUGGGACUGCGGUGCAGGAGCUAUUGAAAUAUAGCCCUGAGGCCACCUCAUUAACAGAAGCGGUCGCCAAGCACACCAGCUCCGUCGCUGCUUCCUUCGUGGCGGUGUCCGAGUGGGCAGCCGCGAUGAUCUUCACGGUCCCUUUGUUAUCAUUUGUGGCUUUGGGUGUCUCGGAGGCGUUCGGUUUACAGCAGACUGGUCUCUACUUAGCUAUGUCCGUGCUCUUGCAGAUGGCGCUAUUCACAGCUAUCGCUCUGGCUGGGAUCGACAAGGCGGUGGCCUCCCUCUCGGUGCUCACACUCGUCGGAGUGCUGCCCAUAGUCUACAUGGCCGUUGGUGUUGCAGCCAACGCAGCUGCGCUGGAGACCGUUUGGAAAGGUGGCAUAAUCCAGCCUGGCGUUAGUUUCGUGCUCUUUGGUUUUGCUGGCAUCGAGGUAUCGGCAUUUCAUAGGCGCGACAUGACCGAGAGAGCCUACAAUGCAGCACUUGGAAUAUCGAUGGCGCUGGUGAUAUUGCUCUAUGCUGGCGGACAGCUGCUUAUGGCCGCGCUUGUGAAUCCAGAGGACCUCGGGCUCAACGACGGCGUUUUCAAAGCACUGCGAGCUGCUACAGGUCGUUGGGGUAGUAAGGCGUUCUUCGUCGCGUGCUUGCUUGCCGUCGUAAACGGUGCCGCUGCAGCUUUGCCCUGGCUCUUAGGACCUGUCCGAGGCAUUGCGGAGAUCGUGCAGCGGAGAGAGGCGCACCUUUUUAUCUUCCAAGGUAUGUUCGUGGCAAGCUUAGGAAUGCUUUUCUUGUGCACCACUGCCUCGGAGGCUUUUUGGUGGCUCACGGCGCCUUGUGCAGCCACAACUCAGUCAUUGUAUUUGAUAUUAUUUUGGGCUGCGUUGCGGGCUAAGCGACGAGAUUGGAGAGAUGCUUUACUGAUUCUCGGUGCUUUCACCUCGUUUUUCGGACUAGGGCUUGCGUUCAUACCCCCAGACGACUCAUGCACUUCAAGCAGUGUGUUCAUCGCGGUGAUAUUGGCAGUGCUCCUGCUCAUUGGAUCAGCCGCAUACAAACUCGGCUCAACGCAGCCUCGUAGGAACGACCAUGCCCCGUGGACCCCAUUGACGAGCUAGUUUGUAUCACUUUCAGUGCUCACCAUCUCUCAUUAUUAAGCUUGUGGCUUCUGCUGUGCACAUGCGUGCUCUGUCUUAUGCGAUAGGUGGGCUCAUGCAGAUUUGUUCUAGUUUGGGAUCUGGUGUGUCUGCCCUUGCUUCUUUGGCAGCUUCCUCUUUCCUCACUCUUCCUCCUCCAUCCGGUACCUUUCUUGCUCCUCCUUCCUCUUCGUGCCUUCUCUUCCCCCCUCUGUCUUCUGUCUUCCCCAUCCGAUCGGUUUGGAGUGUUAGGUAUCCGUGA